CUGUGGACAACAUUAGGCGUAACACACAACAUUGGCUCUUCCUCAUGCCGGCUCUUCUCGUACACUGGCGAUGUUUGCUUCACAUUUUAUAUUUUGAUAAAUGUCCACAUAAAUACAGCACGUCUGUUUUAUACAGAUAAGACACUAGGACACGUCGCGCGUGCACUUUUAGCGAGAUAAAGUGUCACGUUGCCAUGGUAACCGACUACAGAAGUUAGGAUAGAUGUAAACAGGCUACAUGAGCAGGAAAGCUGCUCUGAGAAGUGAUCAACAUGUCGUCUGAGGAGGAGACUUCUCAGACUUCUUCCCCUCCCUCCUCCUCCUCCUCAUCACCUCCCCCUGCCUCCCACUUCAUCGGAAAGACGGAUGAUAUUGUCAAGGCGGGGCGCACGACCAAGCUGGUGAAUGGAUGCCGAGAUGUACUCGUCCUGUACCACCAAGGGCAGUUUCAUGCGAUGGACAUGCGCUGCUACCAUGCAGGUGGUGCAUUGCAGUAUGGAGACAUUGAGGAGUUUAAUGGGCGGCAGUGUAUCGUGUGUCCGUGGCACAAGUACAAGAUCACACUGGCAGAAGGGGAAGGGCUUUACCAAGCUGUGGACAACCCUACGGCCAAACCUCUGAGAACUUACUGGUGCUCCAAGGGUGUCAAACAGAGGAUUCACAAGGUCACUGAGGUCAACGGGGAUGUAUAUGUAACACUGAAUGACUCCAGCGAGGCCAUUGAGUCAGAUGUCUACCAAACUGAGAAAUACAGGACUGUCUUACUCAAGGCCCAGCCGAAACCUAAGCCCAAGACAUAACCCGGCACUUAAGGAUUUUUUUGUUUUGUUUGAUGAUUUAACCAAAAACAAUAAAAAAAAGUUUUGUUCUUUUGCACUUUGCUUGUUUUAAGAUGAUCAGAAACAGACUUAUUCUAAUGCCUGGGUUUGCAGUUUU